UAGUAGAAAACAGAAGUUUAUAGUGAAAUUGAUCAUCCCUUGAUAUAAUUCUUGUGUCUUAUCAAUGACCUCCAGAAUUAAUAUCUAAGUGUUAACUGUAUUCCAGUUAGUCGGUUACUCUUCUCAUUCAUUCUUGUCUUGCUGCUGUCUUUCUCUCUUCAGCUGUCAAUAUAAAUACUGAGAAGCAGCGCAUCGUUUCUCCAUUCAUUUUCACCAAACUCACACUCAUUCACAACCCAAAUAGUAGAUCAUAGAGCACCCAAAUUCUAGCUAGCUUAAUUUUUCAUUUUUUAUCAUUCAUAAUUUAUAGCUAGACACUGGAGGGAGAAGAACCAAACAACAUUUGUUAGAUUCUUCAUCAAAUUAAGCCAUGGCAGAUGAAGAAUUUCAAGCUAGUGGAAACUGGUGGGACAAAGCAAGAAACUUGAGAUUUUCGAGUGGGGCAUCACAAUCAUCUUCCUCUAGCAUCACCAACAUGGGAAAUUUUCCAUGGCAAUCUCAAGAUAUUGAAGAAGUGAAGCAAGAUUCUUCCACUUCCAUUGACCCCAAACUUCACAUGAUGGGUUUAGGCCUUUCAUCCCAACCCAUGGAUUGGAAUCAAGCAUCUUUGUUACGAGGUGAGAAGGGAACAGAGAACUGCAGUUUCCGGUCGAUGUUGCAAGAGAAUUUGAACUCAUCAUCAAGUGAACAACAAAUUUUGUUCACUCCAGAAGAGUCUUCAAGCAAUGAUGAAUACAACAAGCAAGUAGUGAAUAGGGGUAGUUUCUCUUUGGAUCAAAACCAAGGAUUGCUUUCUACUUUUCAGAUUGAUUCCUCCUCAGCUUUAUAUGGAAACCCAUCAUCAAUGUUACAAGGACUCUUGGGACCUGAAAACAACAACAAUAUGGGUUUCCCACACUAUGGUUCAAACUCCCAUGAGGUUCCUCAAUUCUUGAGAGCUUCACCUCCAAAUCCACAACCACCACUCAUGAGUAACCAGUUGCAUUUCACCAACAACGCGCCGUUUUGGAACGCUUCUGAGGCUGCUGCUCCCAUCAAAGAUGUAAGAUCCAGCUUCUUCCCCUCUAUGCAACCCUCAUUCUCCACACCAAAUUUCCAUGUGCAGUCAAAGAAUAUAUCUGAAGUACUGAGGGACUCGGGUGUUGUGAGAAAGAAAAGUGGGAGUGAACCACCACCCAAGAGAACUCGUAACGAAACCCCAUCUCCUAUGCCAGCUUUUAAGGUGAGAAAAGAGAAAAUGGGGGACAGAAUCACUGCGCUCCAACAAUUAGUGUCGCCUUUUGGAAAGACUGAUACAGCAUCGGUGCUCUCUGAAGCCCUUGAAUACAUCAAAUUCCUCCAUGAACAGGUUACAGUUUUAAGCACGCCGUAUAUGAAAAGUGGAGCUCCAGUACAGAUUCAACAGAGUUCUGGUAAAUCAAAAGUAGGUGAAGGUCCAAAGCAGGAUCUUAGAAGCAGAGGGCUAUGCUUGGUGCCAGUUUCAAGUACAUUUCCAAUGACUCAUGAAACUACAGUUGAUUUUUGGACACCAACAUUCGGAGGAGGAACUUCAAGAUAAUUGAUAAAUGAAUAUAUGGAUAAUUGGAACACGGAACCAAUUAAUACCCUGCAAUUAUGUAGGACAUUGAUUCAUGUACCUUAUCAAACCUGGCCAAGUUGGGAAUGAUAAGAUGAAAGAAAAGAGAAAGACGAAAGAGGACACAGAAGGCCAUAUUAAUAUGUAAAGUUAGAAAAAGCAUGUCCACGACAUGGACACUUAACAUUGUGAUGUCUGAAAUAUAUAUAGGACACUAGCACACUGUAAUAUUUACAUGUGAGAGAAGAGAGAGUCAAUCUUUACCAUUCAUGUAUGAUUGUAUGGUUAAGAUUAACUUUUCUUACUUCUCAUAUUAUUCUUGAUACUUUCCCUACAUGUAUAUACUAUGUGGGGGGUAUAAGGGUGAACAUGGAGUUAAGUAAAUUUUCCAAAUGAUUUAAGAUGAGUCGGUGAUCUAUUGUAAUAUUUUUUAGGAAUUUUUAUAUGUAAGAUAUCUUAGUUUAAAGUUGUUUAAAAAUAAAGUGAAAGUUUUUGAUUCAGAGUUG